AUGGUCGGCGCUGCUUCAAAGUCUGGCAGCAGCAUGCUUGGUGGACGUGGAAAGGAGGCAAAGGAGAGCGAGCAGAAGUCAACAUACUCGGUCGAACAAGAUGUUCAAGAGCAUGGUGAGAACCUUGUUGCCGGUGUUAUCGGCAAGACGGGAGAGGUGGUAGAUGAGACCGGCAAGACUGUCGGUAAGGUCACAGAAGGCGAGGCUGGCGAGCUUGUCGGCAACGUUGUCACCGCGACUGGCGAUAUCAUCGGCAAAGACGGUGGCGUCAUCGGCAAGGCGCUUCCUCUCGGUGAGUUGACCGAGGGCGGUGAGAGCAAGCAGGGUGGUAGCAGCAGCUUCAGCAUCAUGGGCGCCACCAAGGGUGUCAAGGGCAUCGUCGACACCGUUGACGGCACAGUACAGACUGUCAACCGCACAUUACCACUUGUUGGUGAUCUGACAAAGGGCGUCGGUUUGGGCGAAGGCCAAGGCGGUGUCCUUGGAGGCGUCCUUGGCGGCGGUCAGUCUGAGAAGGGCUCUCAAGGGGGUCUUCUGGGUGGUAUCACUGGAGCCCUUGGCGGUGGUAAGUCGGAGAAGGGCGGCUCGGAGCAGAACCCUCUCGGAAGCCUCCUUGGAGGUGUCCUAGGCCAGAGCCAGAGUGGUGGUCCUCUUGGUGUUCUUGGAGGAACCGAGCCUUUGGAACGCGACGAGUCUGUCACCGACAAGGACGAAAAGCUUACCCAGCUGCUCGCUCAACAAAAGUCAGACGUUGACGAUAAGGCUUCUUUGACCGAGAACGCCAAGCAAAACCUCUUCGAGGUCAACGACACGACUUCAGAGGUCGCGCCCAUCGACUUGCAAGACGCCGAGAAGUCGCAAGCAGACGACGGUAAGCCCACAAGCGGCGGCGAAAACACCCAAACAGAGACUGAAGAUUCCCAAGGCGACAAGACAGAUUUGACGGAGCAAUCGACCCUUGACGGAAAGGAUGACUUGCAAGAGGUGGAUGCUGAGCCCAUCGAGGAGCAGGCUGAGGGUGCUGAGACCGUCAAGGACGACACUACAGAGAAGGCUGGUACUGUCCCCGACGACAUUGCUACCCUUGACGUACCCGUGUCUCAGAUCCCCGACGACCUGAAGAGCGAGCUUCCCGAGGAUAUCCAAACUGCCGACAUUCCCGUCUCCCAAAUCCCCUUCGACGCGCAGUCCAAGCUUCCUACGGAUUUGGCUUCAAAGCUCCCCGAAGACGUACAGUCUGGCAUUGACACUCCUAAGGACACAACGACUGAAGACUGGGCCAACCAGCAGAACCCUGAGGAUCAGUCCCAGGUUCCCGAGGACGCCGAGCUCCCGGACGCUGAAGGCGUUGAGGGCGCUGAGGGCGUUGAGGAUGCUGAGGGUGCUGAAGAGGGUGUCGAAGAUGCGGCCGAGGAUGCAAAGACUGGUGACGUCCCGGAUAUUGAUGUUACCGCCGCGUCCGACUCCGCUCCCAAGUCCACCGUCAAGGACGACAUUAAGAGCGUCUUGAGCACCGUCCGCUCCGCCAUCCCCGAAGAUCAGCGCACUGUCACUGUUGCUGGCGACAAGCUCCUUCAGCCAUUCGAGAAGUUCCCUGGUGCCGAGAUUGAUGAUGAGGGCAAGGUCAUUUUCGACAACGCCUCUAUUGGCCGCAUCGCCGAAGGUGAUCCUGCCGACCUCGUUGGCAUGACCAUCGACGCCGAGGGCAAUGUCAUCAACGAGCGCGGCAGCAUCAUCGGCAAGGCCGAGCUCAAGUCAGAGGUUGCUGAUGAACUCCUCAAGGACACGAUUGACUUCUCCAUCCUCAAGGGUGCCAAGGUCAACAAGGCUGGUAACCUCGUCAACGACAAGGGCGAAGCUGUUGGCCGUAUUGUUUCUGGUAUCCUCAAGCACCUUGUCGGCCGCAAGGCUGAUGAGCGUGGCGAGAUCUGGAACGAUGCCGGCAAGAUCAUUGGAAAGGCUGAGCCUAUUCCUGAGACUGAGCGUGAAGAGCUUGCUGAGCCCGCGCCUUUUGAGGACUUCCCUGGUGCGACUGUUGAAUCUAACGGUCAUGUUCUCUUCAAUGGCGACAUUGUUGGUCGCGUCAUUGAGGGUGACCCGAAGAAGUUGAAGGGCAAGAAGGUUGAUGACGAGGGUGACAUUCUUGACAAGAGCGGCAAUGCCAUUGGCAAGGCCGAGCGUUGGGAGCCUGAGUCUGAGCCUGAGCCUGAACCCGAGGCGCCUGUCGUGAUUGAUAACUCUGCCCUUGCAGGCAAGCGCGUCAACAAGGCUGGCAACGUUGUCGACAAGGACGGUACCAUCUACGGCCGUAUCGUCGAGGGUGAUGUCAAGAAGCUGAUUGGCCGCAUGUGCGACAAGGAGGGUAACGUCCGCAGCGAGUCUGGCGACAUCAUCGGCCGUGCUGAGCUCAUCCCUGAGAGCGACCGUGAGGGUGCAAAGGAGGGUCCUUUCGCGGAGCUUCCUGGAUGUACCGUCGCCAAGGACGGAACCAUUGUUACUCCUUCUGGAGACAUUGUUGGCCGUCUUGUUCAGGGUGACGCUAAGGCCCUUUUCGGGCGCCCCAUCGACGAGGAUGGCGACAUCCUUGAUCGCAAUGGCAACCUCCUCGGUAAGGCUGAACGCUGGGAGCCCGAAGCCGCUCCCGAGAGGGAGAAGGGUCCCAUGGAGGGCCGUAAGGUCAACCGCAGCGGUGAUGUCGUUGACGAGGAUGGCGAUGUCAUCGGCAAGCUUACCUCUGGAGAGAUCAAGGCUUGCGCCGGCAAGAUCAUCAACGAAGACAACGACGUCGUCGACUCCAAGGGACGCAUUGUCGGCCACGUCGAGCUCCUUGAGGAUAUUCCCCAGCCUAAGGGUCCCAUGGAAGGCAAGACCGUCAACAAGAAGGGUGAGGUCGUUAGCGAGACCGGUGAGACCCUGGGCAUGCUUACCAGCGGUGAGCUCAGCGUUUGUGCUGGCAAGAAGAUCAACGAGGAUAACGACGUCGUCGACUCCAAGGAUCGUGUGGUCGGCCAUGUCACCCUUCUCGAGGACCUUCCUCAGAAAAAGGGUCCUAUGGAAGGCCGCCGUGUCAACCGCCAGGGUGAGGUUGUCGAUGAAGAUGGAAACGUCAUCGGCAAGCUUACUACCGGCGAGGUGUCCAUUUGCUCUGGCAAGGAGAUCAACAGCGACAACGACGUUAUUGACUCCAAGGACCGUGUUGUCGGACACGUCUCCCUGCUCGAGGACAUCCCCGAGGUUGAGGAAGUUCCUACUGAGACCGAAGAGGAGAAGAAGGCCCGCGAGGAGGCUGAGGCCGACCGCAAGCUGGCCAAGAGCAUCGGCGGACUCAUUGAGCAAGGCCUCGACCGUCUGCGUCCUAUCUGCAAGAUGAUUACGCAGAAGAUUGAGGCAGCCGAGCGCAAGCCCAAGGAGGAGCGUGACGAGGAGCAGCUUGUGAAGGAUGUUAAGCCUCUUAUCGAGGAGGGUGGCAAGAUCCUGACCGAGCUGAAUGGCAGUGUCCGUGCCUUGGACCCUGAUGGUCGCAUCCAGCAGAACGCCAAGUCCAAGGCCCAGACUCGUGAGGCUACUCCCGAGGAGCACCACCUCGCAGAGUGUCUGAAGGAGUUGACUGGUACCAUUACCGAGACUGUCGAGGGAGCUAAGCGCAAAAUCGAGGACAUGCCCCACGCCAAGAAGGAGCUCAACCCUCUGUGGGGUCUCCUCACCGAGCCUCUCUUCCAGAUUCUGGCUGCUGUCGGUCUCUUGUUGACCGGUGUCCUCAACCUCGUCGGUCGUCUUCUCAACGGCCUCGGCCUCGGCAAGAUUGUCGACGGCCUUCUCGGUACCCUGGGCCUCAACCGUCUGCUCGACGGCCUUGGUCUGGGCAGCUUGACCGCCGCUCUCGGCGGUGGCAAGAAGAAAUAA